UUCUCUCCAUAAAUACACUCAUCAACAAGGCAUUUCUGCUUUCCUACAUAUGUUGAGCUAAUUAUUAACAGGCAAAAUAAUCUCUCCAGGUUUUAGAAGUUGAUCAGAUGGGCAGUCUUCCUCAAACACCAAACAGUACUAGUAAUCCUAACCUUUAUCCUCAAGCACUCCAACUUAAACUUUACCACGCCUUCAUAUUCUCGAUUCCUAUCCUUUUCUCCAUCAUUCUUUUUCUUCUCUUCUACUUGUUCUACCUCAAAAGAAGGGCUUCCGCUCUCUUAUCUUCUUCUCAACCAGUUUUUCCAAGGAGUAAUUAUAAUCUUCAAGCUGCACCUACCAGAUACCAUGUUUCCACUGCUUGUCCGGUGGGUUUGAAGGGGGAGCUCAAGGAGAAGCUUCAAACAAUUUUAUUUGAUGAAGAACAAAGGAAAAAGGAUUCACAAUGCUGUGUUUGCUUGAGUGAAUUCGAAGUGGAAGAGGAAUUACUGCAAGUGCUAUCAUGCAAACACGUGUUUCAUGUUGAUUGUAUACAUCACUGGCUGCAUAACAACACAACUUGCCCACUUUGCAGAUGCUCUGUGAUUCCCAUCAGUACCAUACUCGACAGUCCCACACCACCUGCAGCUGCUAGGGUGUUCGACCCAGUAAUACAAGAGCAGCACCAUAGCAUAAUAAUCUCCCAUCAGAGUCCAGUGAGUAUUGUAUUAUUGGACCAACAAAAUCAGCAACAACAGAAUCAACCGGGCAAUAAUGCUAUUUCUAGUGUAACAACACCAAUUGAAGAAGGUUCAUCAUCAAGUGAUCAAAGUAGUACAAACUUAAGGGACUCUGGGAGGUUACCCGGGCACUAUACUAAUGAAGAUUUGGGAGAACCAGUCAUUGUCUAUAUCCAAGCUCAUGAUUCAUGAGACAAGGAGUGUACAUGCGUAACACGAGAAAAACUUAUAUGAGACUAUUUCUGCCACAUGAGAGUGCUGAAUGCAUGAUAUAGAAACCACAUUCUCGUGAGACUAUUCCUUUCUGAUGGUGUUAAAUGAAAGAAGUCAAAUUGUAGCGAGAUUCCAAUUUUGACGGCAACUAGCUAGAUGAGAGAGUAGUUAUAUUUCUUAAACCUCAAUGAAAGUGUUUAUAAACCUAAUUGUCAAUAGUCUCAAUGAAAUUUGGAGCAGUGGAAGUUCAGAGCAUA